UAAGUUCGCUCGAUCUCCUGUCUGACUGCUGUGCCCGCUAUCCAACAGUGACCCCGCAGCACGGGCAAGACCUCCAGCAGCACAGACUGGAGGCUGGCUGCCCAGCAGAGCUGCAACGCCACCACCAAGGAAGAGGCGGUUUGCCUUUGCCUGUGCACCUCAAGACCAGGCUCUUUCCCGGCUGCCCUUGGGCUUGGCUCAAUUUUGGAUCCCAAGGCCCUCCUCAUCCCAUAAGAAGCAAGUCUACAGCUUGGAGCAGGAGUCCAGGCCACCCAAAGUGCAGACCGGGGAAUCCCGAGAAGGGUAGGAUACCUCUGUUGGCAAGCAUCCCUGCCAGGCAAGGAAGCAUCGGGGCAGGCUGACGAUCUUUGGUGCUACCUGAACCUCGGCUAGGGCCAAACUCUGAGGCCAAAGCUGACCCCUCCAAAGGGGCAGGCGCAGGGCUUGGAGGUGGGUGGGAACCAAGCUGCCCAGACGUGUGCUUCUCCUGCCCGCUCUGAGUACCCCAGGUGCGCUCAGACUGUGGGUGCCACAUGUGACUGUCCUACACCGAGAAGCCCAAAGACUGUCCGGCUCCAUCCUCGUCUUGUCAAAGGCACCUUCCAGCCACCCUGAUCUUGGUGGAGAAACUGACGCAAAGAAAAGUGAUGAAAGAUGUGGCCACUUGGGCCCCGUUCUGGCUCCCUAGGAAGGUUACUACACCCUCCCUGCAGCCUUGGAGACUCCAGAUCAGCGGUGAAGAGGAGUGGCCCGGCCCUGGAAGAAUGCGGCUCUGACAAGGGGACAGAACCCAACGCAGUCUCCCCACGGUUUAAGCAGCACUAGUGAAGCCCAGGCAACCCAACCGUGCCCGUCUCGGACCCCGCACCCAAACCACUGGAGGUCCUGAUCGAUCUGCCCACCGGAGCCUCCGGGCUUCGACAUGCUGGAGGAGCCCCGGCCGCGGCCUCCGCCCUCGGGCCUCGCGGGUCUCCUGUUCCUGGUGUUGUGCAGUCGGGCUCUAAGCAAUGAGAUUCUGGGCCUGAAGUUGCCUGGCGAGCCGCCGCUGACGGCCAACACCGUGUGCUUGACGCUGUCCGGCCUGAGCAAGCGGCAGCUAGGCCUGUGCCUGCGCAACCCCGACGUGACGGCGUCCGCGCUUCAGGGUCUGCACAUCGCGGUCCACGAGUGUCAGCACCAGCUGCGCGACCAGCGCUGGAACUGCUCCGCGCUCGAGGGCGGUGGCCGCCUGCCGCACCACAGCGCCAUCCUCAGGCGCGGUUUCCGAGAAAGUGCUUUUUCCUUCUCCAUGCUGGCUGCUGGGGUCAUGCACGCAGUAGCCACAGCCUGCAGCCUGGGCAAGCUGGUGAGCUGUGGCUGUGGCUGGAAGGGCAGUGGUGAGCAGGAUCGGCUGAGGGCCAAACUGCUGCAGCUGCAGGCACUGUCCCGAGGCAAGAGUUUCCCCCACUCUCUGCCCAGCCCUGGCCCUGGCUCAAGCCCCAGCCCUGGCCCCCAGGACACAUGGGAAUGGGGUGGCUGUAACCAUGACAUGGACUUUGGAGAGAAGUUCUCUCGGGAUUUCUUGGAUUCCAGGGAAGCUCCCCGGGACAUCCAGGCACGAAUGCGAAUCCACAACAACAGGGUGGGGCGUCAGGUGGUAACUGAAAACCUGAAGCGGAAAUGCAAGUGUCAUGGCACGUCAGGCAGCUGCCAGUUCAAGACAUGCUGGAGGGCGGCCCCAGAGUUCCGGGCAGUGGGGGCAGCGUUGAGGGAGCGGCUGGGCCGGGCCAUCUUCAUUGAUACACACAACCGCAAUUCUGGAGCCUUCCAGCCCCGUCUGCGUCCCCGUCGCCUCUCAGGAGAGCUGGUCUACUUUGAGAGGUCUCCUGACUUCUGUGAGCGAGACCCCACUAUGGGCUCCCCAGGGACAAGGGGCCGGGCCUGCAACAAGACCAGCCGCCUGUUGGAUGGCUGUGGCAGCUUGUGCUGUGGCCGUGGGCACAACGUGCUCCGGCAGACACGGGUUGAGCGCUGCCAUUGCCGCUUCCACUGGUGCUGCUAUGUGCUGUGUGAUGAGUGCAAGGUUACAGAGUGGGUGAAUGUGUGUAAGUGAGGGUCAGCCUCACCUUGGGGCUGGGGAAGAGGACUGUGAGAGGGGCGCCUUUUCAGCCCUUUGCUCUGAUUUCCUUCCAAGGUCACUCUUGGUCCCUGGAAGCUUAAAGUAUCUACCUGGAAACAGCUUUAGGGGUAGUGGGGGUCAGGUGGACUCUGGGAUGUGUAGCCUUCUCCCCAACAAUUGGAGGGUCUUGAGGGGAAGCUGCCACCCCUCUUCUGCUCCUUAGACUGAAUGGACUAAGAUGAAGUGUACUGUAUUGCUCCUCCCACUUCUCAACUCCAGAGCCCCUUUAACCCUGAUUCAUACUCCUUUUGGCUGGGGAGUCCCUAUAGUUUCACCACUCCUCUCCCUUGAGGGAUAACCCCAGGCACUGUUUGGAGCCGUAAGAUCUGUAUCUAGAAAGCGAUCAUCCACUCCUAUGUACUAUCCCCAAACUCCUCUCCUGCAGCCUGGGCUCCCUCUUGUGGGAUAAUGGGGGACAGUGGUAGAGAGGUUCUUCUUGGGAAAGGGACAGAGUGCUGAGGGGUACUCGCCCCUGAAUCCUCAGAGAGUUGUCUGUCCAGGCCCUUAGGGAAGUUGUCUCCUUCCAUUCAGAUGUUAAUGGGGACCCUCCAAAGGAAGGGGUUUUCCCAUGACUCUUGGAGCCUCUUUUUCCUUCUUCAGCAGGAAGGGUGGGAAUGGAUAAUUUAUCUACUGAGACUUUUUCUUGGUUCCUGUUUGAAACUAAAAUAAAUUAAGUUACUGGA